CCGGCCGAACGGGCUCGCGGCAGUCAACAAAACCUGGCCGUUUGCCGGUGGCGUGCGAAUGGCGAGAGCUCGCCUUUAGCGAAGGGGGCAACGGGGCAGUUCGGUCGUAGCUUGCGAAUAUUUCGCUCUGAACGUCGGAUUUGUGACCAAGUGUGUGUCGGUGUGUAGUGUCCUGGACAGCGACAAAGUGCUCCCUGAAUCGCCUAAAAUGCUAUGGUGUUGUCAAACAUGGUGAAAGAUCACUGAUUCAGCAUUCUACCUCUCUCCAUACUCGCGUCUCGUAUCGUGCAAAACUUUGAAGCUCGCGUGCGACUUUUGUGUGGCGCCUGCACUGCUACAGGUGACAGCGCUGCAAACAAAACAGUCGUCGCUUAGCUUCAGUUUCCUGAAGAGCAAAGGUCAUAUGCGGUAAGCUCAGCCUCAGUUUCCGACUUGGACCGCAGCCAAGAACUCCAACCACGUUCUUCAGUGACCAAUUUUCCAGCGUUAUCCGGAACUGUCGAACGCACGUCGGAUGCUAUUCAGAAGAACUGUACGUCCGUUCCAUCAGCGAGAGGAAGAAGUGACAGUCGGCGCUCUUUAGGGCGUACACUUGACGGAGUGCCAACGGUGCUCCACGGCCGCAGAAAAAGCGCGGGAGGCUGACGGUCGCUGUACCCUUGGCGGUCUGCACGAGGGCCCACGGGUCCCAGCAGCGUGGGUUGGUGGGAGUCUGAUGCGACGGCGGCGGCGGCGGCCAGGAUGAGCUGCACCGAGGUCAUGUACCAGCCUUACUCGCCCUAUUUUCCCUACCACCAGCGCGCGGCCGCCGCCGCCUCAUGCCCCGGCGCUGGAGCGGCGUCGGGCAUCGCGGCCGCCCAGGCCGCGUGCCUCGACUACAAGCGGUUCGUGAACCCCAAGAUGCACGACCUGUUAACCAGCAGCGCUUCCCCCGCGACACCGCCAUCCUCCCUGCAGUCACUGGGGCCACCACGGUCAUCGUCUACGACGGGUUCUUCUUCGUCGCACCACUCGCGAUCUCACCACCACAACCACCAUGGCGGGAGUGGUGGCAGCACGGCCAACAACGUCAACAGCGGCGGCAAUUCCUCCGGUCCUCACGGGAGCAGUGGUCGCUCUUCCUCUUCUUCGUCGGCGUGUGCCGUAGUGGCGUCGUCGUCGUCGCCUUCGACGCCCCUGGCUGCCAGAAGCCCCGACCGCGACGAGUCCUCCGUUCCGGGGAGCAAGGCCACGACUUCGUCCUCUUCUCUACCUGGAGGACAUGCCGCAGUGGUGAGCGGUGGCGGCUCGACACCUCCUCCGGUGGUGCCAGGUGGCACGAGUGCUGCGCCGGGCGACGCGCAUUACGUGUCGGACAACUGUGUGGUGUUCACGUACUACAGCGGCGACAUCUCGUCCGUGGUGGACGAGCACUUCUCGCGAGCCCUGAGCGAGUCCGGAGCGUACGACGGCACGGCAGGGUCCUCCUGCAAGUCCGGCGUGUCACAUCUCAAAGAUGCGCCACCGAUGGCGCAGCGCAACUUCCCUGCCUCAUUUUGGAAUUGCCACCAGUCGCCGGCGGGUGGUUCAUCAAGUCACGGCAUGGCCACCGGCAGCGCAGGCGGCUCAGUGUCGAGCCCCGUGGACCUGUACGGGAGCAGCGAGGCUCACCCUUACCACCACGCUCACCACCACGCCGCUUCGGCAGCAAAUGCCGCUGCCAUACACGCCAGCUUGCAGAGUGACCCGUGGCACUACGCACUCACGGCGCCCCAGGCCGGACCAUACAGGUCUUCAGCGAUGCAUGAGCUGCCGUACUCUGCGGGUGGAGCGGCGCACCGCUUCGGGGCCCAGCAGUACGGCUCGCUGCUGCUGCAGCCUCGCUCCUCGCGCCUCGCUCCAGCCACGUGCACUGCGUUGGACAAGGGAGAUGCGUGGCCCUCGCCCGCAGCCCGUUACCAUCACGAACAGUUGACUGGGCAUCACGUGGUGGACGCAUCCGGCUACCAGGCAGCUGCUCACCAUCAUUACGGGAUGGGAGCCGCAGCAGCCGCGGCCGCCAUGACUGAUCCCAACAACGGUGGCUACAUGCUGGAGUUGUACAAGUUCCAGGCAAUGCACGCGUACCGGUGAAAAAAACGAAACAAAAAUACCGAACCAACCGGUGGGUCUACAGCGGGUGACGUCACUACGACAAAACAAGAGACUCGAUAGCCAAGGUCAAGAACCAUGCAAGGACCUCUACUGGUUCUGAAGCAGACCUUCUCCGUUGUAUACCUCCACGAUUGACGCCUCAGUCUCGCCGUAACGAAGACACGACAGACGUUUCAACGGAGCAGUGUGACUCAAAACGAACUGCGCAAGUGCGAGAGAGUGAGGAGUGUGCCGACGGUUAUUUAGCACGUGCGUGUCGCUUCGAAUGCCGUGAACACUCUGCGUAUCCUGUGAAGGACACCGCAAACGGACUGUGUGCACCUGAAACAUUUUCUUUCUUCUCCUUGUGUGCGUAUGUGUUCGACCUAACGAGUAUGCGUGGAACCCUGCUUUUUCAGGCAUGGUAUAUGCGUCAGUGUGGGUAGCUUAACCCUUGCGAAACCCUUGGGUAUUUUCGCGGUGAUGUGAUUGUAUAGUUCAAGCAUUCUCAAGCCUGCCUCACUCAGUUCUAAGAAGCUGCAGCUACAUAUCCAGUAUAAUUAAAAAAGCAUUUACGUUAAAACUAUCGUGUCACGUGUUCCGGGCUUCAUAUUAGCUUACAGAAACCAUGAAACAAACGUAAUCCCAGGUUUUUCGUUUUGAUUGCCAAAUAAUGGAAAAUGGUGUGCUGCUCCUUCGUAGGGAUGCAUGAAACGUGGCUAAUUCACGUUGUAAUUAAUAGUUUACCGUACUUCAAGUGCAGCAUACUAUUUAGAUUCUUUUAUGCAAGGUAUAAUUCGUAGCUGUCGCAAUACUCAAUUUUUCACGAUCUGCCAAUGUCCAGUGUCGGGUCACGAAUUUCUUUAGCUCCAGAUAUUCCCACUGCAGUAGUGGGAAAAACAUGCUGUUAUUUUUGCCGACAAAGGUCUUCGUUCAAUUCUCAAACGAAUCUUUUCUCUCUGUAAAGUUUUAAGCCUGUCAGGCCCUGAAGUCAAAUAAUGCGUGUGUUAGCACGUGUAUAAGUUCACGCCCUUUCUCAUAUGUGUUUUCGGGAAUAUAUUUGACUCGAGCAGCAUGACACAUUAAACUUUGCUGCCGACAUGUGUGAGGCAGGUUUGUGAAUGCCCAUGUUCAAUGAGGUGCAAUGUACAGGUGUUGUGUCCUCUUAUCCUCCAUGUGCGUGUGUCUCUACGUGUGUGAAUGUGUAUUCUACAAGAAAACAGACCGUUGACCCAGGCGGACAAGUUAGAUAACCGCAUUUUAUUCCUUCGUCCCAGUGCUAAUUUAUUCCGGUCAUCGCUCGUAGCUGGCGCGGAAUCCACGCCUGAGCGAUUCCGCGGCAAGCCAAUUAGUCGGUGUGUGUUGCGAGCGUGACCUCGGCAGAAUCACUCUGUUGACGUUAUUUAUGAGUUGUGUAGAUUAUAGGCCUAUUUAUUGUGUUGUCUGAGCGACCUGCCGGAUCGAUAUACCUAUGAAUAAAUGAGGAAAGACUACCAUGCGUCAGCGCACGCACGGGGCAUGCCGCUCACACUCGUGCAUAAUUUUAUUCUCCAGAUUCCUUCUCCCGGUCACUGUGUAUGAAAAACAAUCUGUACAUAAUGAAUGAAAUAUAAAGAGUUAUGUGAGCAA